UCUUCAUAUUAGAGUGUUAGUCUCUCUCUCUCUCUCUCUCUCUCUCUCUCUCUCUCAACCUAACCCUAAAACCGUCAUCAUCUUCACAGACCACAGUAGGCGACAAUCGGCACUCGGCACUGCGGCAUCUCCUCCAUCUUCAUCAUCUUCAGUCUUCAACGCAGAUCCUCCAUCUCAAAUUCCAGAUCCUUUGGUAUAGCUUGUGCAGCAGUGAAACUCUGGAUACUUUUCCCCCCUAAUUUAUAGGUUAUUCUGCAGUUUGUUUGAUUAGUUUAAGAUUUUGUUUGUGGGUGUUAAGAGGGGUUGCAAAAUGCUGGGCACAUUACCAAUACUGCCGCUUCCAGCCCCGCCGGAAGAUGGGGAUCUUGGCCCAAUUCCGCCUGCUCAGUUGCCUUCUGAUGAUGAGAAGAAAGAUGUGGAAGAUCAAAAUAAAGCUAGCAAACCAAAUUCAGUGGCGACACAUACAAAAACCAUUGGAAUGAUCCACCCUCCGCCUGAUAUUAGAAACAUUGUGGAUAAGACAGCACAAUUUGUGGCCAAAAAUGGACCAGAGUUUGAGAAGAGGAUUAUUGCCAACAAUGCAGGAAAUGCAAAGUUUAACUUUCUUACUGCUUCUGAUCCUUACAAUGCUUAUUAUAAACAUCGGUUAUCUGAGUUCCGCGCUCAAAAUCAAUCUUCGACUCAACAGCCACCUUCUCAGUCUGGUGAUUCAGUUGCCUCAGAGACUGAUGCUGCUAUCUCUACUGAUGGUGUUUCUGCUGUAGCAGAGAAGCCUGACCCUGCGGCACAAUUUAGAACUGUUCGUAAGGUCCUUGAACCUCCCGAGGCUGAGCAAUAUACUGUGAGGCUGCCAGAGGGGAUUACAGGGGAGGAAUUGGAUAUUAUCAAGCUUACUGCUCAAUUUGUUGCUAGGAAUGGAAAGUCUUUCUUGACAGGUCUUACUAGUCGAGAGAUGAACAAUCCACAGUUUCAUUUCUUAAAACCUACACAUAGCAUGUUUAUGUUCUUCACUGCUCUUGCUGAUGCUUAUUCUAAGGUCCUGAUGCCUCCAAAGGGUUUAACGGAAAAACUAAGGAAGAGUGUUGUUGACCGGACUACUGUCCUUGAGCGUUGUUUGCAUCGACUUGAGUGGGAAAAAUCGCAGGAGCAAGCCAGACAGAAAGCUGAAAAUGAAAUUGAGCAGGAGAGAAUCCAGAUGGCUAUGAUUGAUUGGCACGAUUUUGUAGUGGUUGAAACAAUUGACUUUGCAGAUGAUGAAGAUGAGGCGCUGCCUGUCCCAAUGACUCUAGAAGAAGUCAUAAGGAGGAGCAAGAUCUCCACCAAGGAUGAAGAGGAAAUUAUUGAGACUGGAAAGGAAGUAGAGAUGGAAAUGGAUGUGGAAGAGAUGCAGCUUGUUCAAGAGGGUAUGCAGGCUGCUAGCCUUGAGGAGAAUGGAGAAGAAAAGAAAGAUGAGGUCAAGGCUGCUAUGGAUGAAGAUGAGCCUCCGAUGAGAAUAGUGAAGAAUUGGAAACGACCCGAAGAAAGAACUCCUGCUGAAAGAGACCCAACAAAGUUUAUGGUUUCUCCAAUUACUGGUGAACUAAUACCUAUAAAUGAGAUGUCUGAACACAUGAGGAUUUCCCUCAUCGAUCCAAAAUUCAAGGAACAAAAGGAGAGGAUGUUUGCCAAGAUACGGGAAACAACCCUUGCUCAUGAUGAUGAAAUUUCGAGAAAUAUUGUAGGACUAGCACGUACUCGUCCUGAUAUCUUUGGAACCACAGAGGAAGAAGUAUCCAAUGCUGUUAAAGCUGAAAUAGAGAAGAAAAAAGAUGAGCAGCCUAAGCAAGUCAUAUGGGAUGGUCAUACAGGAAGUAUUGGCCGCACUGCAAAUCAGGCCAUGUCUCAGAGUAUGGGUGGGGAGGAUCAGAAUGAGGUCAAUAACAAUGAAGGAAGGCCUUUCCCUGGUCCAGCUGCUCCUCCUUUGAGACCUGUAGUCCCUAUGAUUCGUCCACUUCCUCCCCCAGCUAAUUUGGCUGUGAAUAUGCCUCGCGUUCCAAUCAGCAAUAUGCAGUAUUCAGCUCCAAACUCUGCUGGACUUAUGGCACCUCCUCCACCCCGCCCUUUAAAUCAAAUGGUUCCUCCACCGCCACCUCCUAUGCAAAUGGUUCCUGGCCAGCAGCAUAUGAUGAUGAAUCGACCACCAAUGCAUCUACAUGGGUCAAUGAACCAGCCUGGUUUACCACCUCAUGUGUCUCAAUUCACACCCUUGGGUGGUCAUCGGCCCUUUACACCUAUUCCACCACAUGGUAUGCCUCCUGCACCACCUCUAUCUAUGCCUCAAGCAAUGCCUCCUCCUCCGCCACCACCCCCAGAGGAAGCUCCUCCUCCACUUCCCGAGGAACCAGAGCCUAAGAGACAGAAGCUGGAUGACUCCACACUGAUUCCAGAAGAGCAGUUCCUUGCUCAACAUCCGGGACCUGUUAGGAUCAACAUAUCGGUUCCCAAUGUUGAUGAAGGAAACUUGAAGGGGCAGGUUUUGGAAAUUACCAUGUCUCUAAGUGAAACUGUUGGUAGCCUGAAAGAAAAAGUGUCUGGGGAGAUUCAACUUCCAGCGAACAAACAGAAGUUAAGUGGAAAGGCUGGUUUUCUCAAGGACAAUCUGAAACUCGCGUAUUACAAUAUUGGAGAUGGUGAGACGUUGACACUUUCUUUGAGGGAGCGUGGUGGCAGAAAGAGAUGAGCAAAUUACAUUGGUCAACCUGCGAAAGGCCUUUUUUGGAAUACUUCGUAAAAGAUCUCCAUAUAAUUAUGUUUCGUUCUUGAGUAUUUCCAUAUCAAAAUUGUUACUUGGAUAUUUUUGUGUUCAUGUAUCCUAAAGUUUGAUAUUACAACUUGAUUAUCUUUGGCACUAAUUUGUUUCUAUUUGCCUUUGCAGCUGAUCCACUUGUGCUCUCAAGUAGUAAUGUCAUAAUUCUGACCUAACUUUUCUUCUAGUGUAGCAGCCAUCAUUAAUGUACUCUGGUGGUUUACUGUUGUUUUGAUUCCUUCCUGGUUAUCUGAUUUUUUUAAUUUAUUAUUGUUGAUACACUUGGAGAGGUUUUUCUUGGUGAUUGAGCUACUUGUAGGGACGAUGACAGUCUACUCACUGUGGGAGAGAUUCCUGUUUUUUGUCGACAGAUCGUCUGGGAAACCUGUUUUGUGUGCGGCACUGUGUCGUGUUAUCACAGAAGUUACCUUUGAAGGGGCUUUUGUAGACUUGCAUCUGAAAUCUCGGGCUCCUAUUAUGAUACCAGAGGAAGCAGAUAUACGUUGGCUAGUGAUUGCUCUUCGUGGAGUAAGAAGGUCGAUUCUAGUAUGAUGAUAAACCUCUAGGCUCUUGUUUCUUCUGUAUUAUAGUUGGAGUGUUUUUAGAGUGGAAAAAUGGGGCAAAGUUAUCUGUCUUGUGAAUUAAAGGUUGAUUCUACGUUGGAACUACAAAAUGAUAGUAGAAGCUAAAACAGAUAGACAACAGGGAGGAAAAUAACCAAUAUAUUUUAGAGGUCACAAAAAUUAUCUAUUUAUGGUUCAAUCUUUAUUUUUUGACUCGUUGCCCUGUAUGUUUUUUGCCUGUUUUUGAAACCAUUCCCACAUUCACCGCAUUUCCCUAGAAUAUCUGAGCUUGUGUAGCAAGUGCUUGUAAGUUGGAUACUUAACUUGGAUGUUGCUGAGAGUUCUAUCUUGUGUGGAGGCUCUAUUUAUUCGAAGGAACUAGUUUACUCGUCGUAAACAAAGUAGUUUGCAAUGAGCCUGUGACGAAUCAAUAUCUUGUAUUGGUUGUGAUGAUCUCCUAAGAUAUUCCAUAGUUUAAGCCUUCUUUUGUAACUUUGGUUGUCUUACCUGUUGGCGAAUUGGUAAAGUAUGAUAGAAAAGUGGAAUUCUAGAAAUUUAGACCAAGGGAGGUAAAGAUCUAAGAUGAACCCAAGAAUGGUAAGUUGAGAUGGUAGAAAACUAAGAAUGGAGGAGGAGAUGGAGAAGUCAUAUGAUCUGCCGAGAGUUUGAGAUUAUGAGAGCUCUUUAAUUAGUCAAUGUAGUAAAAAGUGGACUGAUUGUGCCAUUUUAUACCCCUUUCUCCAUUUCAAUUACUUGCAACGUUUGCUUUUUUACGCGAUUUAAUACAUUAAUUUAAUCUUUAAUAUCUCUAAAUAUGUAUAAUAUAAAAUUAUAAAAAUUUGACAUUGAUAAUCUUUGUAAUGAGACGAA